UGUGCUGUGCUGGAUAAAAGUCUAAAGGGAAAUUGGCCACGACUUGGAAUCCCGGGGACCAGCAGUCAGGCUCUCAGAAAGCACGGCCACCUCUUUCUGUCAUUGGGUUAAAGUAAAAGUUGUGUCUGCUUCUGAGGCCUCUUCUAGGAAGGGAGGAAUGAAUAAUGUGUGCUAGUGGAGUUUAUCACCUUUACAAUUAUUUUCCCAUAAUUUUGUUGUGGGAUCAUAGAUAUGAAGAUGGGGCAUAUAGGUUGCUAUGAAUGGAGACGAUGGUGUUAGAACAUGUGUGAGCCUGAGUGUUGUCUGUAAACCUAAAAAGGAGGAGACAUUCCCCAUGUUAUUUUGCCCAUUUAGGAGCAUCACUGAGAGUAUGGUUUGGAUCACUUCUGAGAAACAUGUAUAGACUGUGUGUUUGUGAGAUAGAGAAGACUGGUAAAUUCAUCUGUGCUAUCACUUUUCCUCCCAGAGAUACUGGUCUGCUUAUGACAGUAUCUCUCUGUUACAUCUGUUUCCUUAUGAAAAGGGAACAGAAUCACCAGACUGGAUCAAUUGUGAGGAUAAGAAAGGACAGAGAGGGAGGAAUAGUCAAGGGAAAGUGGAAGACAAAGAUGGAAAGCUGACAAGAAAAUGAAUUAGAGUCUGGGGAUAGAGGAAGGAAAGGAAAGAGAAAGAGCUCUUUAUUUUGUUGUAAAGAGAGAAUUAAUAGACCUAAAAGCAGCUGAAAUCAGUGGAAGGUCUUUGGAACAGGACCUUGAAGCUAAUACUUCUGGGAAAAGAUGAUAUAAAAUUACUUGGACCUUUGGAGGAUUUUCUGGAACGUUGUCACAUGAUGGAGUGUCUGGAUCACACAGGAAACCUGACUGAAGUGAACUAAUCAGACAAGGAGGUAUUGAGUGCGGACAGUCACACUGCUGAAAUCAAAAUGGCCAAUGAUUAAACAACGUCAGCUCAUAGGUGAAGAAUAGUUGACUAAAUCCCAAACUGUAAGAUAAUGCUGGCAAGUAGAUAGAAAUAUCUUCAGGACUUCACAACCGUUGGGCUGACUCUUUUGUUUAAGGGUACGCACAUGUGUGGUGACCCCCACCCAUACUUCAUGAAUAUCCCUGGUUUCCUUGCUAAUACUCAACCUUUAAAAAUAGCAAUGGUGCUGAAUAAUGCUUGCUGACAUGUAGUUGACUAGGAGACUCCAUCCUAUCCUGGAAGACAGUAUUUGGCCUUAGAUAUUCACAACUUAAUAUUUCUCAUCUGAAUUGGAACAAUAUUAUAAUGGGCAUGAAGCCAUAAGCACAAACAAAAGUCCAGAGGGUACAAAAAGAAGCAACACGUCUCUCCAGCAGCUUAGGCUACUGCAAGCACACAAAGCUUAUCCUCUCCUGUCUAGUUUAAAAUAUUUUUUCUAAUUUUCAUGAUGGUCCUUGGCCUGGAGAAAGGCUAUCUAAAAGGAUGAUUAACAUUCUGGAUGAAAUCUUUAAUGAAUACAUAAGGUCCUUUGUCAGAACAGAACUACUAAGGAUACAAAAGCACAGUUUGGUUGGAGAAAUUUUUUUUGUAAGUGUCUUCCUGGGACUGCAAAAUGAAUGUCUUCAAGAAGCUGAGGACCAUCAGAAACUUUACUGCCUUUCACUCUGAGUAAAAUGGAGAACAAUGAGAUGUUUUGCAAGCGCCAGACAGAAAAUGACUCCUAUGUGCAAUGGGUUUGUCGCAACACUACAAUCAAUUUUGGAAUAGGGGUAGAUGAUAUUUACAGCUUCAAGCCUAACAAGAUGCUUCAAGCAGAACUAAAUGUUGAUCUUUUCCAAAAUGUUCAGACCCUCCCACCUCAAAACCUCUCAGCCACCUUGAUGAGAUCAGGAGACUUCUUGCUGACCUGGAAAGUAGCUGAUGGAAGCCAAGCGCUGGGCAACGCACUGGAGUAUGAAGUCACUUACAAGCGGGAUUGGGAGUCCUGGGAGAACGCUGCCUCGCUCUUGCUCUCCGACACCACACGUUGCCAUCUCAGCCACGAGGACCUUGUCCCGGGGAGCAGCUACGUUGCCCGUGUGCGAGCCAGACCGGGGCGGGCCAGUGGCUCCUCUGGGCAGUACAGCAAGUGGAGCACGGAGGUGUCAUGGGAGACCCCUGAAGGUGGCCUUCAUCCCAGGAACCUUCGCUGCCUCUUCAAUGGUGCAGACCGUCUGACGUGCAGCUGGGAAGUGAAGAAAGCGAUCAUCACCUCUGUCCUCUUUGGCUUGUUCUUCAGGGCCACUCCAGCAUCAGCAGAAGAGGAGUGCUCUCCUGUGCAUGAGAAGGCUUUGCCCCAUGUCCCGUAUGUGCUCCAGAGUUGUGAGAUCCCUGUUAGCAACUACAGCAGUCAGAGCCAGUACCAUGUGUCUGUCCGGGCCAAGACAGAGGAGAAACUGAUUGAACCCUACAAGAACAUUAAGGUGCUGCCGCCUGCAAAUGUGUCAGUAACAGCGACAGAGAACCAAGAGUAUGAACUGUGGUGGAUAAAACACACUUUUGGAUAUAGCUUCAUAAAACAGAGAUACCAAGUCGAGUACUGGGAAAAGAACCAAUACGAAAAGACUGUCCAGAAGUUAAACAUCAGCAAUGAUGAACCUCCCUUCAUCCUCACCCUGCAGAUGCUGGCAUCAUCUACAGAGUACAGGGGGAAAAUGCGUGCAAGGGUGAAUACGCCUGUGGAUUACAAGGGGCCUUGGAGUGAAUGGAGUGAGGAGUUUGCCUGGACAACUGGGAAUGUUCUGCCACCAGUGGUGCUGCCGGUGAUGCUGCCAGCCCUCCUCAUCACUUUGCUGGUAGUUGCUUAUUGCAGCUCUAAGUAUUUCCUCAGAAAGAAGAAAAUGUGGGAGGAAAAGAUUCCGAACCCCAGCAAGAGUCUCCUGAUCCAGAGCUACCAGGGGAAAGUACAUUUAGGAAACUGGCCAACAAGUAGCCAGCUGGACUUCAACAAAUACAGCCUUUCAGAGAAGAUGGAGCAGGCUAGCUUCCUUCAAGUUGUGGGCAGGCAGUCAAAGACUUUGGCAGAGUCCCCUGAAGGGCAAGCAAAAAAGACAGAUAUUUCCCAUGUUGCACAGGACCUACAGAACUCAUACCAUACUUUAAAUGAGCCACAGCAUGUCCCAGUUGUCUGCUCAAGUCAGAUUGCUGGUCAUUCCUUUCCUGUUUCAAGGAGAAACAGUGCUGAUGCACGUAUUGCUUCCCAGACAGCAAUCCCUUGCUUUGCUUUCAAUGGUCCGUACUUGUACAGCCCAGUGAUGUCCUCCCAGCCUGAUAUGCGUCAGACCCUGGAAGUGGACCCAGUGGGAGUCCGUGAGAAAUCAGGUUCCCUUCAGUAUGUGACCCUCCCAAAGGAAGACUGUUCCCAGGCUCCACACAGGCAAGAACAGCCAGGAGUAGGUCCUCCACAGCCCUUCCUGCUCCCCGAUCAGAAGGAAAUGAUGCAGCACCACAACAAUGAGAAACAAGUCUCACCGGCCCCACCAGCCUGGGGGGAAGGCAUGAAUGUGAGAACAGAAGAGCAGAAAUCUCCAAAGGCUUUUAGCUGUAUCGCAUCUCCUCAGCAGCGCCCCUUGGAGUACAUCACCCCAGAGAGCCUGUUACUGCCGUCAGCCAGCGACUCCAGCCCUCCGCCACCGGUCACUGCUGGGGAGUUACCUCGUGAUUCACAGGAGCCCCAGCCCUGCAGUGACCACUCUUGCCAUGAGUUUUCUCCUGGGAAAACUGGUGUCACGGUCCCAGUUUCAGGUCAAGCACCAACCUCUUCUCCUGAAUUGUGUCUGGAUACAUUUGGAGACUAUCUUACUGUCCCUUUAGGUCUCCAUGGACAUUCAGAACCCACAAAGAUUUCUUUGCCUGUCUUACAGAAGGGAAAUGAUCUUCCUAGAAAGCAGCCUUUGUCAGAGGGUGACUUGGUGGUGUUAAACCCUGACAGCACUGAGCCAGUUUUCCUUUGCCAGGUUGGUGACUAUUGCUUCCACAGCCUAAAAUCCAGUGUGAAGAUGGAUAUUAGUCAGGAAGACCACCAAGUCAAGAAACCUUCUGAAGGCAAGACAACACCUGGAAAGCCUGUAUCUGAUGAUGAAUCCAUCACUGGCAAGGAAAAGGAUGUAUCAAAAAUGCAGGCUAUUCAGCUUUUCAAAAACCUGAAAUCAGAUGAUUACUUUUCCUGGCAGCAAUCUUUGAGGAUCACAGAAAUCUGUUAAAUGGGCAAAUUUUAAUGAAUACCAAAGCUACAGGUAACUGAAAGAGGUUGCAACUGUCUGAUGAAAAUGAACCCUCAAACCUAGGAACAAAUAAACACCAGUACCCUUUUCCAGCUUCCAGUCAAACAUGUUAAAAGACUUCAAGUAGCUCAAUAUCCUUCUCAGUUGCCUUCAGAGAUUUGGCAUGAAAGACAAUCCAAAUAGUGCCUUUUGGUGUUUUUCAAACCACAAUGAACAGUUUAGCCUCUUCAUGAUCCUGUGAUAGAUCACAGUCAUUUUGCAAUAAUACUAGAUUGCCUGAGGCAAAAAUUAUGGCAGGAAAUUCAGACUUAACAGCAUAAAACCCUAUCAGAAGACAACAGGCUUGGAAACCUUGGAAAGAAAAUGUAUAUUCUUAAAAGCAAUUUUGUUGAACUUGUCUGUGUGUAUAAAAUAGAACUAAGAGUCACCAAGGAGCUUUCCUAUCUCUAUCUUUCCACUACUGGGAUGAGAUAGGUGUUGUCUAAGGUGAAAAAAACCCAGACAGUGAUAGAAGGGUAAAUAAAAAAUGAGAAAAAAAUCAUUGAAGUUCAGGAAACCUUUGUUAAUGUUAAGGUGCAGUGCAUCACAGUGUGUUCUAAAGGUAAGAAGGAAACAUUACUGGGAUACAUAAAGUAGGCUGUAGAGAACCACGGGGAAGAAGAUACAUUACUGAAAGAAAACCCAAGGACUUGUACGGUGCAGUGGGAGGGAGUGGGGCAGGUAAAAGAAAAUGACAUGCAAGAAAUGUUAUGAAGGUACACAAGCCUGUAUCUGCUGGGGUUUUUCUAUUUCUAAGUGUUAAAGUACUAUAUGAUUUUAUUUUAAAUUUAUUGGCUGAUUAUGUAUGAUAUAAUUAAUCUUAACAGUGUAACAAUCUUUUUUUUUUUCCUGAGUAAUAAGCUGUGUUUAGAAAGAGGAGACAUUUUUUCCCAGUUCUGCUGUAAAGAAAGUGGUGCAAGGUAAGAGCAUUUGUUCAGAACUGCCACUCUGUGAUCAGUAAAAGGCUUUGGUUUCAGACCUGAAGGUGGGCUUGCAUUCCAAUAAAACAUGUUUCUUUCUUCAAAUAUAAAAUUUGUACUAAUAAAAAAUAUUAUUUCUUCCUACAAAUCUUUCCUUUCAUAUGUUAAGAGCAUUGUGGUUACAAUAACAUUGCUAUUAGCUCAUCUGAUCAGGCCUCAAAAAAUUCUGUAGGUUCAGCUAUGUCACCUGUGAGGUAGGAAGUUUUCUCCUGACUUCGCUAUAUUAUUUGACAGAGAUAAUGAGAAAGAGUUUUGUGUUUGUGCCAGCUGAUUCCUCCUGCUGGGUUAAUGGGACAGUGCUGAUUUAGAAAUUGCAGUGAAAUGCAUUGCUUUUUUCAGAAUUUAAAUCCUUGUGAGUACUAUUUUAAAUCUGUAAGGUGUGCAAGGUGCGUUUGGUGUUCUUGACAGUGAAAGGCAGGCAGCUGCAGCCUCUGAUAGAGAAUAUUGAUGAACACUUUAGGAGAUUAUCAAUUUAGUUCUUUCCUAAUCAAUGGAUUUUUUUGUUAGUCUCUUCUUUGGUCUUGUAUGAGUAAAAUAAACAACUUUUUCC